AUGAACGUUGCUGACAUAUCUCGUGCACCGCCUGGCUACCGGGAAGUAGCCUGGAUUGCUGAUACAUGUAAGCUGCUCAUGGGCCUGGGAUGGACGACGAACUAUGCUGGGAUGAUUUAUAAGUCUCUCAAGGAUCGAACCUACGGAAUGGCGUUGAUGCCAUUAUGCUGUAACUUUGCUUGGGAAUUGACCUACGCUGUGAUCUACCCCUUUGGUAGUAGGCAGGACAAGUUCACUCACUAUUUUGGACUCAUGCUAAACUGUGGUGUCAUGUACACUGCGGUUAAGAAUGCAGAAAGAGAGUGGACACAUGCCCCGCUGGUUCGUCGAAAUUUGCCCUUCAUCUUCGUUAUCUGUAUAGCGGCAUGGACAACGGCCCAUUUGGCACUGGCUUUGCAAAUUGGGCCCUCUCACGCCCAGGCUUUCAGCGCAUAUGGUUGUCAGCUUCUCCUAAGCGUCGGAGCUCUCUGUCAACUACUUUGCCGUGGUUCAUCGCGAGGGGCCUCAUAUUUCCUAUGGUAG